GUUCUGCCUUCACCUGUGCCACCGACAAAUAUCUUUUUUUUUUCCCGAAAGAUAAAAAAAAAAGCUUGUGAUCUUACUACGUCUAUAGAACGUAGAACAAACAUCGUCGAGAUCCAGUCCAAGAUUCCUCUUUUUUUUAUAUUUAUUGCGCUUAAUAAGGUUGGAUCCAAAAUCCGAACCUGGCUCCGACACACUCAAUCUGAACGCUUUUUGAGCUUUAUAAGGCAAACCACACUUUCACUUGAGAAAAAAAUGGAGACGGAAUCGAAUCCCAUCCUGCGGAAAUCAGAGCUAAAAUCAUCAUACAGUCACAAGCACUUCCACUCCACCAACGCCUUAGAGAUCCUGAGAGAGUCCGUCCGAAUCCUCCGUUACAAUCUCGGUGCUUUUAUGCUAACCGCCGCCGUUUUGAUCUGUCCCGUCUCCGCCGUCCUCUUACCGAACUUCCUAGUCGACCACUCGCUGGUGAACAAGCUCGCGUUGAAGCUCCUCUUAGUAGCCAAGUCCAGCGGUCUCCCUCUUCAGCCUUUCGUCAAACACUCCUGUCAGAAGUUCGCCGAGACCGCUGUUUCGUCCGCGGUGUGUUUCCCUCUGUUCGUCACCGUGUCGCUCCUGUCCAAAACGGCGGUGGUUUACUCGGUGGAGGCGACUUACUCGAGGGAGAAGGUGGAGAUGAGCAAGUUCUUGGUUGCGUUGAAGAAGCUCUGGAAGCGAGUCGUGUACACUUACAUUUGCGUUUGCGUUCUGAUAGUUGGCUGUUUCACUUUCUUCUGCGUUCUUCUUGUUGCCAUCUGCAGCUCCUUCUCCGUUCUCGGCUUCUCUCCUGAUUUCAACGUCUACGGAGCCGUCUUAGUCGGUUUAGCGUUCUCCGUCGUCUUCGCCAACGCCAUCAUAGUCUGCAACACCGCGGUGGUGAUCUCGGUUCUUGAAGACGUUUCGGGGGCGGGAGCGUUGGUGAGAGCUGGUGAUCUGAUCAAGGGGCAGGUUCAGGUGGGGCUGCUGAUAUUCCUCGGGUCGACUUUGGGGUUGGCGUUCGUGGAAGGGCUGUUUGAUCACAGAGUGAAGAAGGUUAGUUAUGGAGAUGGGUCUUCUAGGCUGUGGGAAGGACCUCUGCUCGUGGUGAUGUAUUCGUUUGUUACGCUUAUAGAUUCGAUGAUGAGUGCAGUGUUUUAUUUCAGCUGCAGAGUUUAUUAUAGUAUGGAAGCUUCUUCUUCUUCUGUAGGUGAAGCGCAGCCGAUAAUGGAUACUGUUGCGGUUGUGGAUACUUAAAGCAUCAGACUCAUGUGAAUGGAUGGACAUUGAUGCGUAUUAUUAGUUGAAGAUGUAUGAAAGUAUACAUCAGUAAUAAUAUGCUGUGAACUUUUUGUUUGGCAAGAUUUGUUGGAUUCAACUAAAGACUCAGGCGUAUGGACAUGGAAGCGUAUUAGUUGAAGAGUUUUAAACAUUUUUGUUUCACUUGAAAAAAAAAACAUAAUGCAUUUUGUAAGGUUUUUGUGUUAUCUACUAUACUAAAAGGGGAAUACCCUUUCAGGUAAGAAAAUCGUGCAAUCAUAUACAAAUUGGGUGCCAUAUCAUUGUAUUUUGUUUUCUUAUCUAAUCAGGGUAUACGUUUCUUCUUC